AUAUCAGCCUUUCAGCCUUUUCGUACAGACACUACUUCCUGCUUUGUGAAGCGAAUUGUUUGUACUGCUUUGACCAGAACAUACUUGCGGAACGAUACACAACGACAAUUGUCAUAUAAUAUUUGAUUGUAUGGUAUGAAAAGAACAAAGGGGGGCACAACUGAGCGUGCCCAAUACAACAUUCUUAUGAACUUGAAGCAUGCAGAUUAUCUUUGUCUUUUUGGGAAACUGACAGGCUCUAUUUGUAUUGUGGAUGGGUACUUGUUUACAGGACGGGCACACUGCGGCAUAAAAACUCAAACCAACCAGCAGGGGAGGGAAGGAGCAAGUUGAUUAAAAAUUGCAUGAAAAUAAAAUUUAAACAAUACACAACCAGGCGAUUUCCUUCAGUAGAACCACCACCGCGUCCAGGAUUCUGUGCGUUUUGACGUCCAAAUGCAUUAAGCAUUGCUGGCUUGAUCGUCAAAGCUGUCCCAGGAGGUUUUCUCGCAAUGGUUUGUGAUGCACUAGAAGAGAGAGAAGAGGAUUGAAGCUGGUUCUGGCGUGGGCAUUAUUGUCUGAAGUAGCUGUCCGACCUACAGUUAAGAUGUCCAGCACAAGAGAAAGUCCCCUAAGUUGUUUAGGAAAUAAGGCAAUGAGAGAAGAAACUCUGUCCAAACAAGCUCUUUGGAAGCCCUCCCGCCUGGUACAUCACUAAAGGACAGUGCGUCUGGCUUUCGAACCGAGUGGAGCACGAGAGGACCCCCCCAUUUACCAGAAGACAAUGUUUCAUCUUCUGCCGUUUAGCCCAGAGCAUCGCUGCUUGCAGAAAAUGUGAGCCUGCAGCAGAGUGAAUUCAGGAUUAAAAAUUAUUUAUAAAAUAACAUUUAUUUUUAUUAAAGAAGAGAUUUUAAAGUUAUACUGACCAACACUCGCUCAGAGAAUCUCAGGUCCCAAUUCUUAUGUAUGUAUGUAUUUUUUUUUUUCUUUUGUUUUUAAAAUUUUAUUUACAAAUAAAUAUCAUUGUAACGAGUACAGCUCGGCAUGGGGGACCAUACACUUUACAAGCCCAAUCACUCAGGGAACAGCACGGACGAUGGCUAUUACCAGCAGCAGCCAAAUCCCAUGGCUACUAUGAGUGGAGGCUUGAACUACGGGUCGUCCAGCUUGGAGCCACCUCAGUCUUCUCCAGUGUCCCCUCAUUUCCCUCAUGACCUCCGGGACAGUUCUGCUGGGGCGGCCAUGCCAGUGUCGGCCAAGGGCUUCCCCGGGAUGACGGAGGCCUCCAAAGGGACUGGGCCUUGGACCGGCUCUGGUAACCACCAUCAGAGCAGCCUGGGCAACUCCAACCUCAUGUGGGGUUCGUCCAGCCCCGGGGAGGCUACAGACCCAGGCAGUGUCGGUGGCUACCAGUAUAGCUGCACAGCCCAGACAGCUGCAGAUGGGCAGCCUAAAGUCACGAGCAGUGUGUUGCAGAAGCUGGAUUCCUUCACCCAGGUUUUUGCCAACCAGAACCUGCGGAUCCACCAAGGCAGCACUGGUGGAAACGGGCACAGCCUGGUGCAACACGGGCAGUCAGCCUCCCCCUCCUCUUUGGCUGACGUCACUGCAGACAGAGCCCUGCGGCAGCUCCUCUCCCAGAAACCCCACCUACACGAGCAGACACAGGAGACACCUGUGCAGCAGCAGCAAAGGUACCAGCUGGAGCAACAGCAGAUGCAGAGGUCCUUUGACGCAGCACAGCCCAAGUCGCAACAGAUAACUGAUAUGCAACAACAGCAGCUCUAUUAUGAGUACCAACAACAACAGCUGCAGCAACAACGGGUGGCACAAAUGCAGCACUUGCAGGCAUUGCAACAACGGCAGCAGAUGCAAAGCCUGCAGUCCCAGCAGCAGAUGCUACAGCAGCAGCAAGCACAGUACUACCUGCAGCAACAGCAGAAACCCCAGCAACAGACUGCUGAAGCAUUCCUGCAGCAAUUGCAGCAGCAACGGAGCACUUAUUACCAUAAGCAAGCACAAGCAGCCAUGCAUCAGUUGCAACUACAACAACAGCAACAGCAAAUGCAACCGCUGGCUUCCUCAUCACCCUACCACCACAACCGGAAAACUGUACAGCAGCAGCUCCAGUACGCUCACCAGGAGCAAGCCCACCCUGUCCAACACAUCCAGCUCUCCUCUGGGGACCCCUAUUACUAUCAGGAGCAGCAGUCGGCAUCAACUCAGCAGCAGUAUCAUCGGCAGGGAUACCAACAGAGCAUCCAUGUGCAGCAGCAGGUACAGGCCCAGGAAGAACAUGACCUGCAGUCUCCAUCCAAGCAGUACCUCCUUGAGCCCGGCUGCCAGCCUCAGAACCCAGGCGUCCCUGCUGCCGCUGCUGUCUCUGGGCUCCCAGAGGGCAGAGACGAUGGCCUGGCCUGCAGUGAGGUCCUACCCAACAUGGGAGUCCCCAGCCCCCCACACCAGCUGGGACAGAGGUGUCUCAGUGAGGCACUGUCUACCAUGCAGUUGGCGAGCAGGAAAGGAGGGCCACAGAAGCAGCAGUUACCCAGUACACUGUGGCCACAGGUGUCAUUAACAACUGAGAGGCGAGAUCCCACCUCUCCUGACCACAGCAUCCUCAAUAAUGCAGGCUUCCCGGAGAGAGUGGAGGUGAAAAACAGGCUGGUGUGCUCCAUGUGUCAGAAGGAGUUCAAGAGUCUACCUGCCCUCAACGGCCACAUGAGGUCACACGGGGGUACGAGGACCGCACCCAGCCUCAAGCAGGAUGAAGGGGACAAGCAGCUGCCCAAAGAGGUGGACCCCCUCCUGCCCAUCGUCAUGCCUGUCUCUGUACCUGUAAAGCUUCCCCUUGCCAUACGGCCCGCCACGGACCUCUCGCCCGCUCCCUGCUGCCCCCCCGACAGAGACAUGCCUGUGCUGGUGAGGAUGGCCAAGUCUCCGCCUCCAGCUUCCCUGCAGCUUCUGCAGCAGCAGCCGCCACACUCACCCGGAGCGGCCCACCUUGCCUCCUCAAAGCCUGUCCACAAGACUCAGAAGAUGGAGAAGGCAGAAAGCGUCAAUGUGGAGCAUGGCCAGUCAGAUAAGAAGAAGUACCGGCACCGUCCGGACCCGAUCAUCAUCCCCCCGCCCUCCUUCAGCCUUGUUCUGGGGGGCGCCAUCCUGUUCCAGAGCCAGCUACGCUCCCCACGGAUCCUGGGGGAGAUUCCCCCCUACACACCCCCGCCCAUGCUGAGCCCCGUGCGACAUGCUCCUGGCCUCUUCAGCAGCGUCCUCCACACAGGCAUGCCCCCCAUAACACCCACCCCCCGGGUGCUGCUCGGCAGAGCCAGUAGCGCUGAUGGAAGCAAUGUCCCAGUGACACCCGGGCCAGGAGAGCAGGCUGUCAACAUUGAACCGCGUAUCAACAUUGGCCCCCGGUUCCAGGCUCAGAUUCCUGAGCUGCAGAGCCGUUCGGCAGUGGAGGGAGAUCAACACAAGGCCAGUAUGGUGUGGACACCAAGAGCAGAGCUGCAGAGCCCCGGCGCUCAGCAGAGAGUGGAAGACUUCAUCAACAUGGCCUGUUCCAGUGUGGUUCCAGGGGGAGGGACCAACUCUGAAUACGCCUUGCACUGCCUUUUCGAGAACAGAGGAGAUUUCAUGGCUACUGUGGAAAAAUUGCUACUGUUUAAGACCAUGAGGCCAAAAUCUCACCCUUUGGCUGAUUACCACUAUGCUGGCUCUGAUAAAUGGGCCCCUUUGGAGAAGAAGCAGUUCAACAAAGCCUUAGCGACACACAACAAAGACUUCUUCCUUGUACAAAAAACAGUGAAGACUAAGACAGUAGCUCAGUGUGUGGAGUACUAUUACACAUGGAAGAAGAAGCUCCAUCUGGGGAAAAGACACCGGACCCGCCAGGCAGACAUUAAAGACGAAGACAUUCAGAGUGGCGAGGGUGAGGAGGUGGAAUCAGAUGAGCUGGAAGAGGACAGGAAGUCUGAUGAAGAGGAGGAGCCUGAGGCUCACAAGUCUGCAGACCUGCUGGGCAAAACCUCCCUCGAGCCAGAAGCCUACCAGGGCUCAGUUCCGCUCAACACCUGUUUUGUGUGUGAAAUGCCAAAUUGUGGAGCUACUUUCAGCUCCAUGCAGGCACUGAAUGGCCACGGCCGUAUCCAUGGCGGCACAAACCAGGCGUCAAAACCGUCCCCGAGAGGCAAACCCAAAGCCAUGUCCCAGUCUGGCUACGGCUCUGUGAAGAGCUCCCCAGCUCACAGCACCACCAGUGGAGAAACCGACCCCACCCUGAUCUUCCCCUGUAAGGAGUGUGGAAAGGUGUUCUUCAAGAUUAAGAGUCGCAACGCCCACAUGAAGACACACCGGCAGCAGGAGGAGCAGGAGCGCAAGAAGAAGCAACAGCAGCAGGAGUGCGCCCAGGUGAUCACCGGACCUAUCAUGCUGCCCCUGGACCACACGUGUCUGAUCAAACAGCACGGGGCCCAGAGUGAGGAGCUACAUGCAAACCUCCUGCCAGCGGAGGACAUGGAAGACUUCCUACUGGACUGCGAAGAGGGGCUGUGACUGGGGUUGAGAGAGAAGGGGGGCCAAGGUGUGGAGGGGAUGAGCGGAAGGCAUCUCCCAGUUAACAAUCACGAGGAGAGGAGAGCAGCGCUGGGGUGCUACAGUGGAUCCUGUUAGGGAAUGAUGGGACUCUUCGAGCAGGACAAUGCUGAUUCGAGAUGAGAUGGGGAGGGAGGGACCAAGCUGGCCUUAAGUGGAUGCUCGGCCAAAGCUUGAUUUUUGAGGAAUGUAUAAAAAUGGCUUGGGUCUCUGGUUUCUAUACCAGUGUGAAGGAGUAGGAGCUUCCAAGCUUAGAAACAGAUCUCGUCAAUCAAACUCUUCUGAAAAAGAAAAGGUUCAAUUAAUCAUUGUACUAUGGUCCAAGAGGGGGGAGAGGUUUUUUCAGGUUACGGUUGUUCUGAGAGAGAGAGAGAGAGAGAGAGAGAGAGAGAGAGAGAGAGAGAGAGAGAGAGAGAGA